UUAUCUUUCCUUUACAGAUUUGGGACCAUAGUGAUUAGUCCACUCUCCUGAUGUUGAACAGCACCUGGAGCAUUCGGCGAUUAACCCCAAGUCCCAGCCUAUCACCAUUCUUCUCAUUACCCACCACCAACACCCCCAAAUUACGCCCAAAUCAAACUCCAUUUCGUUUCAUGGCAUCCACAACUCAAUUACAGCAACAACAACAACAAUCGACUUCCGAGUUCUUGACGCAGAGACCAUAUCAUCCUCCGACAUGGGCAUCUAAACUCAAUCCAAUUCCUUCUCACGCCUUCUCUCUUGGACAUUUUCCGACUCCAAUUCACAAAUGGAACCUUCCUAACUUGCCCAAGGACACUGAAGUCUGGCUAAAGCGUGAUGAUCUUUCAGGUAUGCAAUUGAGCGGGAACAAAGUUCGCAAACUUGAAUUCUUGUUAGCAGAUGCGGUUGCACAAGGAGCAGACUGCAUCAUAACCAUUGGCGGCAUUCAAAGCAACCAUUGUCGUGCGACAGCUGUCGCUGCCAAGUAUCUCAACCUAGAUUGUUUUCUAAUACUUCGUACCUCAAAGGUUCUUGUGGAAAAAGACCCUGGAUUGACAGGAAACCUGUUGGUGGAGCGAUUAGUUGGUGCACAUAUUGAUCUUGUUUCAAAGGAAGAAUAUUCAAGAAUUGGAAGUUUGACACUUACUAAUUUGUUGAAAGAGAAGUUGAUAAAAGAAGGAAGAAAACCUUAUGUCAUUCCGGUUGGUGGAUCAAAUUCCUUAGGGACCUGGGGAUAUAUUGAAGCAAUUAGGGAGAUUGAGAAUCAGGUCCAAAACGGGACAAUCAAAACAAGCUUUGAUGAUAUUGUUGUAGCAUGUGGCAGUGGUGGUACAGUUGCUGGUUUGUCAAUUGCUUCAUGUCUAAGUGAGCUUAAAACAAAAGUUACUGCAUAUUGUGUAUGUGAUGAUCCGGAAUACUUCUAUGAUUAUGUCCAAGGUCUACUUGAUGGACUUGAAGCUGGAGUCAAUUCACAUGAUAUAGUCAAAAUCGAAAAUGCCAAAGGAGUCGGGUAUGCCAUGAGUACAGCAGAAGAGCUUAAAUUUGUCAAGGAAGUUGCAGAAAGCACCGGUGUGAUCCUGGAUCCUGUUUACAGUGGAAAGGCGGCUUAUGGAAUGAUGAAAGACAUGGCAGAAAAUCCAAGAAAGUGGGAAGGAAGAAAGAUUAUGUUUAUACACACGGGAGGGCUUCUUGGUUUGUAUGAUAAAAAUGAAGAAAUAGGUUCAUUGGUUGGGGGAUGGCGUAGAAUGGAGCUAGAUGAGUCUAUUCCACGAAAAGAUGGCACUGGGAAAAUGUUCUAAAAGGAUUUCAAAUGUCUAUGCAUUAAACACUUAUACAAUCCCAUUAAACACUUGUACAAUCUCACUUGAGAUUAAUUAAAAAAUAACAUAUGAGAUUGAGGAGAUGAAACCAUAGAUGGGUUUGGAUGAA